AUGGCAGAACACGAUCCUUCUGUUACUGAUGGAGCCAGCGCUACAGAUGCAAGCAAGCUAAAAACUCUGCUUUCUAUUCUGAAGCGAACCGUCGGCGUAAAGGAUUUAGCAUCGCUGCGUAUUUCGCUGCCGGCUUACAUGAUGGAGCCGAUCCCGAAUUUGGAAUACUGGAAUUACCAAGAUCGUGCGGACUUUUUUGUGACUGUUGGAGAUUACGAAGACCCAAUGGACCGCAUGCUUGCAAUGGUUCGCUAUGCCGUUACGAAAGAGCUUAAAUUUGUUCAUGGCAAAGUGGUCAAGCCAUACAACUCCAUUCUUGGCGAGCAUUUUCGUUGUCACUGGGAUGUCGAGCCGUUACGAACGGACGCAUCGGGUGGGUUUGUGCCGCACCAGUCUGUGGGAAACACAAAACCACCCACCCAUCUUGAGCUUGUAACGAAGCAGCCACAGGAUCAUGACGGAUGCAAGAAGCGUGUUGUGUACGUGACGGAGCAGGUAUCGCACCACCCCCCCGUCUCGUUCUACUACUAUGCAUGUCCGGAUGCGGGCUUGGAAAUGACCGGUGUGGACCAGCUGAGCGCAAAGUUUACAGGCACAGCAAUGCGCAUUUUCUCUGGCGAGAAAAACCAGGGCGUGUUUGUGAAGCUCACCUAUGGCGUGCGAGCCAAGUCCGCUGUGGGCGAGGAAUACCACCUAACGCAUCCCGCAGGCGCCAUCUUUGGUCUUUUCCGCGGCAGUUUCUGGCCCGCGGUCACCGACACGGCGACGAUUACCUGUACGCCGGCCCCGAGCGCCAACGGUGCCAAGCCCGUGUACCUUCGUGCGCUGCUGGAGUACGUGGAGGAGGGGUGGCUGUCCAAGCCCAAGUACGCCGUGGAAGGCGUGGUUUACGCAUACGAACCGGACCAUGCGUCUGCGUCUUAUACCAGCGUUCGCAAAGUGCCUUCUGACCAUUUGGAGCCGUGCGAGCGAAAAGUGCGUCCACUCGAGCAGCAGGACGAGCUGGAAAGUCGCCGAAUUUGGAGUGGCGUAACCAAGGCAAUCCUCGAGAAAGAGUACUCGCGUGCAACGAAUGUGAAGAUUGAUUUGGAGCAGCAGCAGCGCGACCAGGCGAAAGCACGGGCAGAAGCAGGGACCAACUUUGUGCCUCGCUACUUUGAGGACGGUAUCGAAAACGGGAAGCCAAAGCUCACUGCUGCUGGAAAAGCGGCUGUGCUGGACGAGCUGCGCCGUGACAACUCGAAAGACAUGCCACUUCCGACUAAGAAUUGA